AUGGCCAUCCAGUCUCGGCUUCGUCCUAUCCUGGACGAGCUCAAAAUGCAGGGCAUGACGUAUGGCAUCAACUUCUUCAUGGCCUACCGUCGUAACCAUGCUACCAUCCAACGCGUCCUCCGUAUCUCGUACAUGUUCUUCAUCCUUCACACUGUCACACGCUCCCUACGUACCGGUGCUAAGAAGAAGCCAAAAAAGCCCACACCAGAUCCCACAGAGAAGGACGCCGAGGAUGCAAAGAAGGCGGCAGAGGGCUCGCUGCAGGCUUCCAAGCCUGGCUCGCAGCAAGUCGAGGAGGUCGACAACUCCUCCUCUCGAGGGCGCGGUGGGCGCCGCGGCAAGAAAAGUAGAGGUCCACGCGUAGAGGUGGACGCCGUCUUCUUCGAGCGCUUGAAACGCAUCCUCCGCAUCGUGGUGCCAGGUUGGCGAUCCAAGGAGGCAGGUCUUCUUAUGCUCCACACCCUCUUCCUUGUGCUGCGAACCAUGCUGUCGCUCUACGUCGCCGAUCUCGACGGCAGAAUCGUUUCGGCGCUUGUUCGCUCGCAAACCCGCCAGUUCAUCACAGGCAUUCUCUGGUGGAUGGCCGUCGCUGUGCCUGCCACUUACACCAACUCGAUGAUCGAGUUCCUCCAAUCUAAGCUCGCCCUCUCGUACCGCAGCCGACUCACCAAGCGUGUCCACGACGCCUAUCUCACUGAUAUGACUUUCUACAAGCUCGGCAACCUCGACGAUCGCAUCAAGAACGCCGACCAGCUCAUCACGGUCGACGUGGCCAAGUUCAGCAAGUCGCUCGCUGAGAUCUACAGCAACUUUGCCAAGCCCAUUCUGGAUGUCUGUCUGUACAAUUACCAGCUCAGUGGUCGCGUAGGAGCCGAGGCGCUUAUCGGUAUCAACUUGCUUGUUUCUGCGUCUGCCACGCUGCUACGCAAGCUGACGCCUCCGUUCGGUCAGUAUGCAGCGACGGAGCAGCAGCUUGAGGGCGAAUUCCGCUUCAACCAUUCCCGUCUCAUUGAGAACGCCGAGGAGGUGGCACUCUUCCGAGGACAGGCAGCCGAGCAGAAUGUGAUCGAGCGUGCCUACUUCUCGCUCAUCAAGCACGUCAACCGUGUGUACCGCAUUCGCAUCAUCCACGGCAUGACCGAAGAGGGUAUUAUCAAAUGGACCUGGGGUGCGCUUGGUCUUUGCAUCUGUGCUGUCCCUGUGUUCGUCCGCCUGCCAGGCGGCGGCAAGGGUCUCGACAUGGGAUCGCGAACCGAGUCGUUUGUCACCAACCGUCGUCUGCUGCUGUCGUCAUCGGAUGCAUUUGGCCGUGUCAUGUACUCGUACAAGGAGAUCUCGGAGCUGGCUGGAUACACGGCGCGCGUUUCGGAGCUGCUGGACACAAUGGAUGCGAUCAAGGCGGGCAAGUUCGAAAAGAAGCUCGUGUCGUCGGCAUCGAUCGAGGAGAACGCACUGGUGCUCAAGGGAAGGGGAACGAUUCAGGAAGACACGUCGAGGUCGGCAGGGGUCGAGUUCCGCGAUGUGCCCAUCGUCAGUCCCAACGGCGACAUUUUGGUGCCCAAGCUCAGCUUUUACGUGCAGCCGGGCCAGCACUUGCUCAUCAUCGGACCUAAUGGAUGCGGCAAGAGUUCGCUCUUCCGUAUCCUCGGUGGGUUGUGGCCCGUGUACGGUGGGCAGGUCAAGAAGCCGCCCACGUCCGAGUUCACAUAUAUCCCGCAACGACCGUACCUCUCGCUGGGCACGCUGCGCGACCAGAUCAUCUAUCCGCACACGGUGCAGGAGAUGCGCGCCCGGGGAAAGACCGACGAAGACUUGCUCGAUAUCCUGCGCGUGCUGCAGAUCGAGCACAUCGUCGCGCGCGAGGGCGGGUGGGACGUCCAGCGCGAGUGGAGAGACGCACUCUCGGGCGGUGACAAGCAGCGCAUCGCCAUGGCACGUCUUUUCUACCACAAGCCCAAGUACGCCAUCCUCGACGAAUGCACUUCGGCAGUGACGCUCGAGAUCGAGAAGAUCAUGUACGACCACGCAACCGACUUGGGCAUCACCAUGCUCACGGUCUCUCACCGUCCGUCGUUGUGGAAGUACCACAGCUAUGUGUUGCAGUACGAUGGACAGGGUGGCUAUGUUUUCACGGAGCUGGAUGCUGAGAAGAGGUUGGCGUUGCAAGAGGAGAAGCAGGCGCUGGAGCAGAAGCUGCUGCAGGUAAACAGGUGGCAGGAGAGGUUGGAGGCGCUCAAGGAGGCGAGGCGUGAGCGUAGUAAGUCAGGGCUGGGUUCAUCUGUUUCGGGGGUGAAUCCUGUGGCGGCUGCUUAG